AGCGGGGCGCCGUUGACGCAUGCGCGCUGGCGUGGCGCGAGGCGGAUGGUCUCCGCAGCUUGCCAGGUCGCGUCCCCAGACUCCUGGCACCGACCCCGGCGUGCCGGGGUCUUGGAAAGCUGGCCCGCGAGGCGCGUUCCGAGAGGGCGCCCUGAACGGGGCUCCUGGAGGAAAAGGGCCUCCCGGAGAGGGGCCCUGGAAACGUUCGCAGGCUGCCUCCGUUUGCAGGUCCAUCUUGUGCACCGCUUAGAACACAUUUUGUAAAGGAGGAAGCUGGUGUCAGCAGGCUGAGGGGCGUAUCCAAGGUCUUUCAGCCCAGGAAUCGUCGGACGGGGCGGAGGCCGGACGUUUAGGAGUCUUCUAGAGGGUCCUCCCAGCAGCAGCUGAACGGGAGCGUUAGGCCAUGCUGUUGCUGGCUCAGGCACCCAAGGCUUGGCACAGGCUCUUUCAGCUCAAGCCUCCAGCUCUCCCUAGGACCCCAGGAGGAGAGGCCCAGCAUGUGAGGUACCGGCUCCUAUCAAGGCGGGGCCCUGCAGAGACGGGAAGGCAGGACCAGCCCCAGGGCCCUGGGCUACGAACUAGGUUGCUGAUCACAGCCUUGAUUGGGGCUGGGCUGGGUGGGGUCUGGCUGGCCAUGAGAGCCGAGAAGGAGCGGUGGCAGCAGCAACGACGGACAGAGGCCCUGCGCCAAGCUGCCGUGGGCCAGGGUGACUUCAGCCUGCUGGAUCACCGGGGCCAGGCUCGCUGCAAAGCUGACUUCCGGGGCCAGUGGGUGCUGAUGUACUUCGGCUUCACUCACUGCCCCGACAUCUGCCCCGAGGAACUGGAGAAGCUGGUGCAGGUGGUGCGGCAGCUGGAGGCGGAGCCUGGCCUGCCCCCCGUGCAGCCCAUCUUCAUUACGGUGGACCCCGAGCGGGAUGACGUGGCGGCCAUGGCCCACUAUGUGCAGGACUUCCACCCCAGGCUGCUGGGCCUGACCGGCUCUGCUGAGCAGGUUGCCCAGGUGAGCCGCAGCUACCGCGUGUACUACAGCGCUGGCCCCAAGGACGAGGACCAAGAUUACAUCGUGGACCAUUCCAUCGCCAUCUACCUGCUCAGCCCUGACGGCCUCUUCACAGACUACUACGGCAGGGCCAGGUCGGCCGAGCAGGUCGCAGACAGUGUGCGGCGCCACAUGGCUGCCUUCCGCAGCGUCCUGCACUGAGCUGGGUCAUUAAAAGGAUGUGGUGGA